UGCGCCCACAAAAAUAAUGGACGUCGGUGGGAACAGUGGUGGGCUUCCUGUAAACAAUAAACAGAGAGCUAUGUUACCUAAUAAAAGCAGGGGCGAGUUUACCCGAAACCCAAGAAAAGAUUCAGAGGGGCUGUCAGAGUCUCCAGAUCUGGAGUUUGAGUAUGCCGAUACAGACAAGUGGGCUGCUGAGCUGUCAGAGCUGUACAGUUACACCGAAGGACCAGAGUUUGCCCUCAAUAGGCAGUGCUUUGAGUUCGAAUUCAGAACACAUGUUUCUGAUAAGAAGUGGACAGAGCUUGAUGCAUCGCAGCAGAGAGCUCACGCCAUGCGCCUGCUGGACGGUCUAGAGAUGAUCGCUCGGGAGAAGAGGCUGAAGGUUGCCAGAGCCAUUCUUUACAUGGCUCAGGGAACCUUUGCUGAGUGCAGCUCUGAGGCUGAGGUGCAGCACUGGAUGAGAUACAACAUCUUUCUGCUGCUGGAUGUGGGGACCUUCUCUGCUCUGGUGGAGCUGCUCAACAUGGAGAUUGAUAACAGCGCUGCCUGUAGUAAUGCUGUCAGGAAACCAGCCAUCUCCCUUGCUGACAGCACAGAUCUCAGAGUGCUGCUCAACAUAAUGUACCUGAUGGUGGAAACCAUACAACAGGAUGACCCUGCCGACAAGCCUGAAUGGAAGGUCAUCCGGGAAACCUUCAGAGCGGAACUAGUCUCUAAUCUAGGAGCACCUCUUUUCAACAACGAGCCGAUUUCCGUCAUGCUCUUCGGUAUGGUUACCAAGUUCUGCAGCGGUCAUGCCCCUCACUUCCCGAUGAAGAAGGUGUUGUUGCUGUUGUGGAAAAGCAUCCUGUUCACCCUCGGAGGGUUUGAGCAGCUCCAAAGCAUAAAGGUUCAAAAGCGUGAGGAGCUGGGUCUUCCCCCUCUCCCGGAGAACAGCAUCCGAGUGAUUCGCAGUAUGAGGGCCGCUUCUCCUCCUGCGUCUGCAUCCGACCUCAUAGAGCAGCAGCAGAAACGGGCGCGCCGCGAACACAAGUCGUUGAUCAAACAGGACAACCUUGACGCAUUCAACGAAAAGGAUCCUUACAAAGCAGACGACUCACGUGAGGAUGAGGACGACAACGAUGACAAUGAUAACUCUAUAGAGCCGGAGACUUUCCCUCUAGAGAGGGACGAGGUGAUGCCUCCGCCUAUUCCUCACCCUCCAUCAGAGAGGGUGUCCUUCCCCAAAGGUCUGCCGUGGGCUCCUAAAGUCAGGGAAAAGGACAUUGAAAAUUUCCUAGAAUCAAGUCGAAGUAAAUUCAUUGGUUACACACUUGGAAAUGAUACAGAUACAGUUGUUGGCUUGCCCCGGCCAAUUCAUGAGAGCAUAAAGACGUUAAAGCAGCACAAGUACGUCUCUAUUGCCGAGAUACAGAUUGCAAAGGAGGAGGAGUUUCAGAAAACCCCUCUGUCCGGGGGUGAAGAAGAUGUGGAAUUGUCCUCAAUUGAGCUGCUCUAUCAAGGAAUUCUGCCCAGUCUGCCUCAAUACAUGAUCGCUCUGCUGAAGAUCCUGCUCGCUGCAGCUCCGACUUCCAAAGCCAAGACGGACUCCAUCAACAUCCUGGCAGACGUGCUGCCGGAGGAGAUGCCGACCACAGUGCUGCAGAGCAUGAAACUCGGUGUUGAUGUGAAUCGACACAAAGAGAUCAUCGUGAAGGCCAUCUCUGCCAUCCUGCUGCUGCUCCUCAAACACUUCAAACUAAACCACAUCUACCAGUUUGAGUACAUGGCUCAACAUCUCGUGUUUGCAAACUGCAUCCCCCUCAUUCUCAAGUUCUUCAACCAGAACAUCAUGUCGUACAUCACGGCCAAAAACAGCAUUUCAGUACUCGACUUUCCUCAUUGCGUGGUGAACGAGCUGCCGGAGUUAACCGCAGAGAGUUUGGAAGCAGGAGACACCAAUCAGUUCUGCUGGAGGAAUCUGUUCUCCUGCAUCAACCUACUGAGGAUCCUCAACAAACUGACCAAGUGGAAGCACUCCAGAACAAUGAUGUUGGUGGUGUUUAAGUCCGCUCCCAUCCUGAAGAGGGCGCUAAAGGUGAAGCAGGCCAUGAUGCAGCUUUACGUCCUCAAGCUUCUCAAAGUGCAGACCAAAUACCUGGGCCGCCAGUGGAGGAAGAGCAACAUGAAGACCAUGUCGGCCAUUUAUCAGAAGGUCCGACAUCGGCUCAACGACGACUGGGCUUACGGGAAUGAUCUGGAUGCUCGACCUUGGGACUUCCAGGCUGAGGAGUGUGCUCUGCGUGCGAACAUCGAACGCUUCAACAGUCGCCGCUAUGACAAGAGCCAAAGCAACCCGGACUUCCUGCCUGUGGACAACUGUCUGCAGAGCGUCCUGGGACAGCGGGUGGACCUGCCCGAGGACUUCCAGAUGAACUAUGACCUGUGGCUGGAGCGGGAAGUCUUCUCCAAACCCAUUUCCUGGGAAGAACUGCUGCAGUGACAAUCAUCGACUUUUAUAAAUAAAGUUUAAAUCAGGAGUUCUGACGAGCCACCAACAGGACUCAGCAUCAUGUGGCUCCUGACUGAAGCUGACGCCCAGGUGCAGACAUACAAUCGUCACGUUUUACAGUUUGAAUGCUGCUCUAAAUAUAUGCUUCAUGUGAUGAACUUUUGAGACUUGUUCCCCCCAUUAAUGCCCCCACAGAUUAUUUUAAAUGAAUUCAGCGCUACUGAUUUACAUGUGGACUUGAGCCCCCCCGACUUCCUUUACAUAUACAGGUGUUGCUCAGUGCCUCUUACCUGCUACCAAAGGUCAGUCCGUUUUACCUUGAAACACUACAUGACGGUUUGAAUCUGGUUUAAUACACACAAAGCCAAGAAACUGGUGAUGGAUCCAAACGUCAAACUAAGAAAGAAUCAGACAAAAGGUCAGGAUGUAUUUAAAGCUCGCCAUUUUUAAAGUCACUGGGAGCUUUGAAAACAGUGCUUCUCUUUUUGUCCGAUUCUUACAUCUCACGGGUUUAUCUUUUCAGAGAGAACAGGUGUGGGGCUUUUUAUUCAUUUUAUCGUUAGUAUAAUCCAAACUUUGACAGUGUAAGAGAACACACUCCUGUUCACCCGGCUCGCCCUUUGUUGUUCGAUGUUAUUUGCAUUAUUCUGAGUGUUGCCUACACACCUUUACUCUGGGACCAUGCAGGCGUUCAGACCUUAUUAUUUUUACCUGAAGUAACUCAUUAGCAUCGUGGUUUGCUUUGUUGUGUCGAAAAAAAUGGUGGCACAUGUUCACAUAAAUUGGUUGUGUGAGAGAAAAGCAAGUUUCUGAUUUGAGAUCGUUCAUUUCUUUAGUUUCAGACAGCGGUUCUGAACUGAAGGGGAAAACUCAGUUAAAUUACGAGUUACAGAACCAGAAUUCUCUUUCUACUUUUUAACAUCGUUUUGUUUUAGUACAUUAAGGACAUUAAAAUACAUGUAAAUUGUGAACCUUAUUUAUCAUGGCUUUGUCUUUGUUUUACAUGGACUUAUACUGUAAUAAAAUGAUACUGUCA